AAAGUUUCUCUGUAACGACCGACUGACACGAUUUUCGUGGUUCAUGAAGUGAAACAUUUCUUAAUAAUUCGAUCAUCUAACGCAUCUGCGAAACCACGGUGAACGAAGAUAAGGAUGAAUUGACUUAGGGUAACCGGACGGGACGGGACGGGAAUCGGGAUCGGCAACCCGAACGAGACAUGGCUUGAUUCCUGGAAUAACCGGACCGACCGAGGUGCAAAAUGGUGGAGAUUCUGGCUUGGACAAGGACGUUCGGAUGCUUCAAGCGAGUGAGUGGCUGGGAGGACGGUCUGUACGAAGGUUGGGAAUGGGUCCCACUGCAAGAGAAGAGGGCUCAUGGGGCCUAUCCGUUUGCAGACAAUUGCAGCAGCAGCAUGCACUGCACCACUGCACUUUACUACUUUACUGUGUACUGAACAAAGUUGUGACGACACGCCUCGGAACGUCGCUAGAGCUUCGAGGUUUCGGCACCGAUGGGUCCUCUUUUGAAGGAUGGUCGGCAAUUAUGCCGAUGAGUCUUCUGUUUUGGAUCUUCCUCGGCAACAUGACUACUGCCCGAGCUGCUGCUGGUGCGCCUGCAAGGUUGCACUCUGGUCGAGCAUGCUCCGCUCGCCUCGUCCUCGGUAACCUUGCGCUGGGCUUCCGUCUCGGCGGUUGGACUGACCACACAUACCUUGGCUCUCAUGACUCGUCCUUUCGGUUGGUUAAAGCUGGCUCGUAAUGUAAUUUAUUACUGGGCCUGUGUCACGGUGUCUUCGACACCCGUCCUUGGGGGAAAACAUGAAUGAACCAACAGAAACUGUUUGCAUGUUCAACUGUCAUCUGCGAGAGUGAUCUUCGAGCAAGGUUCAUUGAGGACUUCUCGCUUCGAGAACCCUAAGCCAGUGAAAUGUGUUCGAGAUUUGUGAAGUCUGAUCAGCAAUCUUUUGAUCAGCACUUUACCAUUUUCGAAUUCUGGAAUGAAUUCCAGUCGGUGAUAAGGGUGAAUGCCCGUAUCCAAGUGUCUACGUCGAUGUCGGUAUGAGGAUAAGAGUGGAAAUUUAAGACGUGAUUCUGUUUCCGGCAGUUCUCGGAGAAUGGCGAUGAUAAACCUUCCCUGUGUAGCAACACGGGCCUUCAUUCUCCUGAUUCUGUACAUGGUGUCUUUUACUGACGCUUCUGGUGGUGAGGAAAACUGGAGGAAACUUUAUAAGAAUCAGGAGGCCGAUGACGAAGAUGGUCAGUGUCAUGGUCCGAAGAUCGUGCAUGUGACUGAUGCAACAUUCCAAAAUUUUGACGAUGGCUAUCUUCUGUUGUUAUACUAUUCGGACUGGUCAGGAAACAGCAAAAAAAUUCUUCCAUUCUGGGCAACGUUGGCGCAGGAGCUCGAUGAAGCCGGGGUAGCGAUCACCGUGGGAUUGAUAGACUCAACUCAGAAUCGUCAGAAUCUAGCUUCGAGAUAUGUGCAUACUUUGCCCCAAAUCUUCAUAUUCCACGGAGGGCAGAUUGUGGCGCACUUGGUGAACGAAAGAACUUUAGACGACCUCAAGGCAGCUGUGGUUACAGUCACUGAGCUAAGCGAAUCAGAUCUCGAUGAUCGGAAGGCGGAAGUCCUAAAACAGCUGGAAGACACCGAAGCGGAACGAUCACAGAAACUUCAAGAUGAGGAAAUGCUGCACUCUUUGGCUGCACUGAAAUUUGAAUCACAAGUGACCACACUUCACAAGGAUAAUUUCUAUGCGCUCACUUCAAAAACCGAUGCCGUUGUCUUUGUAUAUACCCUUUGGUGUGAACAUUGUAAAGUCAUGAAAGCUGACUGGCUAGAGCUUGCAAAGGAUCCUCAGAUUCCUGGGGUUCUAGUUGCGAAGAUAAAUUUAGAUGACUUCAGCACUUUUCCAGGAGCUCGUCUGUUGGAGGGAGUUCCAAGUGUCCUUUUUUUCCGGGAUGCUGCCAUAUAUGGCUAUUUUAAUGGAUCACGAAACUUGGAAGAUCUGAGGAUCUGGGCGAACCUACUGACCUCUCUCACAACGGAAGAGCUGAAAGAGCUGGUCAAAGAGCUGCAAGAGGAGGAAGCCCGCAAUUUGCAGAAAGCGAAGGACGAGUUGAUUUAUGAACAGGCUCUUCUGAAAGAGGAGUUCGAUGAUAUUUUGGAACUGUCAGAAGACAACUUCGAUGGAUUGACACGGGGAAAAUCAGCCCUGAUUUUGUUCUAUUCCGAGAGAGGAGAACGUUCACAGCUCAUGAAGCCUGUGUGGGUGUCUUUAUCGAAGCAAAAGGAACUCACCGGACUGCUUAUAGCGAGAUUUCCAGAAUCAGACUACAGAUGGAGACAUGAAAUGGAAUACAUUCACGGAUACCCAACUGUCCUCUUUGCGAGAAAUGGUGUUAUUAUUGAGAGGUACGAGGGUGUUCAACAGCUGGGCGAACUGUAUCAUUACGCAAAGACACUUCUCGCCCUAAGUACGGAAGAAGCAAGGCAGAAGCAUGCACAUCUGGCCCGCACCUUGCAGCGGGAGAAGCUGAUGGAGAGGGAAAGGGAUCGAGCUCGACACAAGGCAGAAUCGAAACGACGGGAAGAGGAGACGAGGAAAGAGCGGCAACAGAAGCGAAAGAAAAAGGCGCGGACUGGUACCAGUACGUUUUAGUUCGCCGUGAUCGCACUCGGAGACGUGGUCUUCUGAUUUAGAUGCUCACCCACAUGCCCAGCUUCGUACCCCACCACAACCAGCGCUUUCCAGAUUUGCCGUCGGGAUGUGCAGGAGCAUGCUCUCCAGUUUAGGGCAAUGAGAAUUAGAUGCAGCGGAUAGAGUAGACAGGGAUCAAAUACGCGCGAACUGCUGUAGAGUGCUGCACUGUAUCCACUCGUCCAAUUUUGCCCGACACGAAUUUGUAGCACAUGAAAUUCAGCCCAUCCGUUCUAGUUUACAGACGACGAUAUUCGCAGUUGUAGUUUGGGACCUUCCGCUAAAUGCCCGCUCCGAACCUUCCUGGACCUAUUUUAUGCUUGGAUGCCCAGGCCUCAGACUCCUACAUCGAAUAUGCUCGAAGAAGUGGAGAAGGAAUUAGAUACUCCCAUUGUGGAUUAAACUGCGAAUGAUUGAUAGGCACACGCAUAUAAAGCAUAUGUGAUUGCAUACCCGAAAUGAUACUCCUACCACACUGAAAUAUAUCCUGGCGCACC